AUGGCACUCUUGCGAACAUUGAUCACAUUUUCUGCUGGUGUUUAUGCUGGUAUAUAUGCCAGUCAAAAUUAUGAAGUUCCAAAAGCUGAAUCUCCCAAACAAUUAUAUGAACGUCUUGCAGCUUAUUUAUCAGCAUUUCCUACUCUCACUCUUCGUCUAUUGUCAUCUUCAUCGGACAAUGAAUAUGAAACAAUUGCUAACGAAACAUUAGAUUCAUUAACAGAAGCUUUUGAAACUUUACUCGAUAAACAUAAGUUACCAUCAGAUGUAACAUAUGCUAAUGGUGUUUUAACUGUUGAACUUGAUAAAUUUGGUAUUUAUGUUAUUAAUAAACAAACACCAAAUAAACAAAUAUGGUUAUCAUCACCAUUUAGUGGACCUAAACGUUAUGAUUUUCUAAAUCAAUCAUGGAUUUAUACACAUGAUGGCAUGUCAUUACAUACAUUAUUAAAUAAAGAAAUAUCAAAUAUAUUUCCAAAAGAUCACAAGAUUAAUUUUCAAAAAUGUAGUUAUGGUGGACAGGAAAAUGAUAGUAUAAAAUAA